UUUUAUCGAGCUAACAUUUUCUUUGCGAUAACUGUCAUUUUUGUUUUCCCGCCCAUUCUCGACACGCCACCACGCGAGCCGUGUCCUCGUGAACGCGCCCCCUCCACCUGACGUAGUGUUCGCGCACGAGCACGCACUCAGUAGGUCCACAAGCUGCGGCGGGCUGGCUGAGCUUCGUGGAACGGUCCCUCUCCCCCGCACACUCAGUCUCUGCGGGGGCAGACAGUUUGUCUCCACCUCCCUUCGCAAGUCUCCUCGGCCACCAGCCGCGAGUCCAACGACGUCGGCGCGUUUUUUUCUUAAACGUCUCCCGACCGAACCGAACCGUCCUUACCCGCGCAUCCCGAUGGCCACCGCCCUCCCCUUCCUGCUGGUGGUCCCCCUUUGACUGAUGGAGCCAAACAGAACGAAAAGACGCGGUCCCGUCCCGCCGAGGGACUGAAAAGUCUUCAUUGUGAAACUAGUUAGCAUUAGCGCUCAUAUGCUAACAAGCGCUCCCAGCCAUGCUGGCCAGUGAGCCCCAAAGCAGCGGACCGGCCGCCUCGGGCGCGUCCUCCCCGUCCGUCGCGCCGCCUCCGCCCCCUUUGCCGCCCCCUCCCCCGCCUCCUCCGUCCCUCACGGUGGCCCACCCCGGCAGAAAGAAGCGUCGGGUGCGCAGCUUCUUCUGGAAGCCCAUCCCCGAGGAGAAAGUCCGUGAGAGACCCAACAUCUGGACGCUGUCGGGGCGGCGGCAGCAGUACCAGAUCGAUGUGCGCUCCGUGGAGGAACUGUUCGGCCAGCAGGAGGAGGCGGGGACGGGCGGCCGGGGACCGCCGUCCGCUUCUGGGACGGCUGCCGGGGUCUCCCGAUCCCGAUCGUUCAAGGAGAGCAGCAAGGAAGAGGUCAGCAUCCUGGACUCCAAGAGGGGAAUGAACAUUGGCAUUUUCCUCAAGCAGUUCAAAAAGUCCAACCGCUGCAUUGUGGAGGACAUAAGGCGAGGACACGGCGGGACGUACGGAGCCCAGCCCCUCAAAGACCUGCUCAAGCUGCUGCCCGACGCGGACGAGAUGAAGAAGCUGCAGGCGUUCCGAGGCAAUCCGGACAAGCUGACGCUGGUGGACUCUUUUAUGUUCAUGCUCAUUCAGGUGCCGAGGUUGGAGGUGCGCAUCGAGGCCAUGGUGCUCGGUGAAGAGUUUGCUCCUUCCUGCGUGCUCAUGAGUCACGACAUUGAUGUGGUACGAGUUGCCAUUAGAGAGUUAAUGGGCUGCGAGGAACUCCACGCCAUUUUGCAUCUGGUGCUGCAGGCAGGAAAUAUUUUGAACGCGGGCGGCUACGCGGGCAACGCCGUGGGCUUCAAAUUAUCGUCGCUGCUCUCAUUGGCCGACACCAAAGCCAACAAGCCGGGGAUGAACCUGCUGCACUUUGUCGCAAUGGAGGCCCAGAAAAAAGACGAGGUGCUCUUAAAAUUUCCGGAAAAACUGAUCCACAUCCAGAGUGCAGCAAGGAUCUCCGUUGAGAACAUGGAGCUGGAGUUCUCAUCUUUGUACGUCCGCAUCCGAACCCUCGACGAAAAGGUGCAGGGAGACCCUGAGUUACUGCAGCAGCUGGAGCCUUUCCUGCAGAGUUCCGGGAAGACGCUUGCAGAUCUGAAGCGUCGUCGCCUGGAGCUUCGCCAAGAAGGCAACGCGCUGGUGGACUUCUUCUGUGAGGACAAGGACGCUUUCAAGCUGGAUGAAGGAUUCCGCAUCUUCAAUGACUUCUGCGUCAAGUUCAAGAAAGCUGUCAAGGACAACGCUGAGCGUGAGCUGAAGGAGGUGGCGAGGCAGCGUCGCCUGAGGGAGCUGGAAGAAAAACGAUUGGCGUGGUCGGUCGAAGAUGGCGGCGGUGGUGGCGCGUUCGCUCGCAGCAGCAGCGAGAACGACGUGGAGACCCUUACCAAUGAAAGCCUCCUGGACUUCUUUCAGGGGAGGUCCAAGAGCCCUCACAGCCCGUCAGGACGCUCAAUCAGUGCCCGCCGCCACCGCUACACCCUGACAUCCAGCGCAGACCGGGAACUCCGCAGCUACCUGGAGCUGUUCGGGGAUAAGUUCAACAGCCUGCCACGGUCAGGCCGUGCCCUCCAGCGCAAAACCGCCCCUUGGAUGGACAACCGAGACCUGACAUCUCCUCACGCUGACACUGAGCCCAUCAGCCCUCUUGCUCGGUUUUCCUCAGCUGGGCUGAAAGCCGAUGAGGACCGAUACAACAACAACAGUAGCUGCACAACUGCGCCUCAAUCAUUUGACGGCCAUAUGAAUGUAAACGUAGAGAAACAUACUUUGGUUCCUGGUCUUCAAGUGUUUCACCUCCAGAGUCCAAAAUUUGUCAACCAGGGCGACGUCCAGGUGAUGGAUCUGGAACAAGACAGGCGACCCCCUUCCGGGACUUUGGAUACGGUUCCAGGAGUAGCAAUCAAUUCUUUGAUACAAGAGGACGAGACUAGUUCAAUUUCCUCGACAACCUGUGACACCCCACUGCCCUCAGACACCCCGUUGUCCAAUAGGAAGCCUGCAUUUUACAUACCAGACUCUACCGAAGCGGACUGCUCAGUCACCCUGGACAUUUCCGAAGCAGACAGCUCAUCCUUUUCGAAAGAGGGACCUCACACUGGAACGCUUGACAAGGACAGGGAGAGCCCUCUCCCGCCAGGAGAGUCGCCAGUACGCAGAAUGAUGGAUGCCGCCUCUUCGACACCGCCAGAGUGGGGAACGGAAAGCUUCAGCACCGCCAUAGUGAAAGAGAAUUUGAGAAGCAGCAGGAAACCAGUACGCACCACAAGCAAGGCGGGAUGCGAAACCGGCAGCGUGGACAGUGAUGAUCCCAACGGGGGCACCAACAGUGGCAGCGGUGAAGUCGCUCCCAGCGGCGGCAUUGGUGAAGUGCGGAAACUAAACUCCAGGGAGAGCCAGAGCAUGCGGAAAGUAGUACCUAUUAGCCGGCUAAAUAGGACAGAUAACAAAAAGAAAGCUGGGACAAUCCUAGAUCGGCCCCUCCGCGAACAAAGCACCCCACCAAAAGGACAACGCGAGACAAACCCCAGACCUCAGCGACACUCCAGUCUACCUCCCGACGACUCCAAAGCCCAGAGAGGAGGCAGUGGCCCCCCAGCUAGCGCAUCAAGAUGCCCAUUUGAUUCCAGUAACGUGAAGAAGACUUCUUCUGUCAAUAAACCAAGCGCCAAACCCUUGAGGAACCUCCCCAAACUGGCACCCGAGGAGAAAAUGUGCCGCUCGACCAUGAGGGCCCUGGCACAGACGCAAGUCUCGAGCAGCUCGCUGUCGGAAAGCGGCAGCUCGCAGGCGCCGGGCACCAAGAGCUCCCCCGAUGUCCCGAGCUUCGCCCGGAACACGGUGGCGUCGUCUUCCCGGACCAAGAAGGAACCGCUUGCGCUGUCCGGCCUGUCCACGCUGUCUCACGUUCCCACCAGCCUCAGUCGACAUGCGUCCGUCAAGCAGACUAGAUUAGCGUCUUCGGUUCCUGGUGGAGAGGAGCGGAUGACCGUGCGGCGGGUGCAGAGCGUCAAGGCGAGCAGUCGCAGCACCUACCGCAGCCGGACGCCGCCUGCCCAGCCUCGGGACGUGGGGACACCCAGCGCGAGUGGUAAUCCCAGCUGGAAGUGAACCGCAAUCAACCGAUGAUGUUUUCUCUAGAGAAUGGGACACUGACUACAUCGACAUUUUCACCGCAGGAACUCAUUCAUUCAUCCAUCUUCCUUACCACUUGAUCCUCACAAGGGUUGCGGGGGGUGCUGGAACCUAUCCCAGCCGUCUCCGGGCAAUAGGCGGGGGACACCCUGAAUUGGUUGCCAGCCAAUCGCAGGGCACACAGAGCUCACACUCACACCUAGGGACAAUUUAGAGUGUUCAAUCAGCCUGCCACGCAUGUUUUUGGAAUGUGGGAGGAAACCGGAGCACCCGGGGAAAACCCACGCAGGCCCAGGGAAAACAUGCAAACUCCACACAGGGAGGCCGGAGCUGGAAUUGAACCCGGUACCUCUGCACUGUGAAGCCGACGCGCUAACCACUGGACUACCGGGCCACCCCCGCAGGAACUCACCGAGGUUAAAUAAAGGAUCGGCCAUUUUCAGACUCAGAUCCCCAAAAUGACCAAUAAGUCAUUUGAAUAUCUUUGGUGUUAAAAAAUAUAUAUUAUUAUUAUUUGGGGGGGGGGGUGUCAGUCGGCCAGUGUUCUCGAUUAAUUUGAUCAUUUCAGAUUAAUCAUUGCACCUCUCAUUGUAACAUACUCUAAAAUCCCGUUGGUACAAUGCGAGUAUGAAAUCUGAGACCACGCUCCUCUCCAUAGUGGAGUUAGCCCAUUCUAGUUCUCAAUUUUUUUCAUUUAUUGGGCUACAAUAGUGAUGACUUCUAUCAGAAAAAAAUAAUUCUGAUGAGUUCCUGUGGCAGAGACACACCUGUAUUGUUGUACGUGUAAGUCUCCAAUUUUGUUUUUAAAUGUUUAGCAGAACACAGCUAACACGCCGCAUGACGUGGUCAUUACGUGAACAACUGCUUUCACGUUACAGUGUAGCUCAGCUAGAAUACGUCGACAAAACCGUAACCCGUUACGAAACGUCCGCUACGAGUUGUGCCCGUUGGUCGUGUUUUGAGAACGCCUCCGUACCGUCAUGGGGAAGCAUGGCAUGCUAUGACGCUAAUGCUAACCAAGCAUUUAAGACUCAAUGAUGUGAUGGGGGAGUUUGUUAUUAAUGUUAUUAUUUUGUAUUAUUUGCGCGAGAUGGGCGAUUUGACUGUGAAUGUAUCACCUGCUCAUUUAAUAGUAACAACUGUUACUGUGUGUAGCUUUAACUCAGCUGGUCAAAACAUUAGGUACACCAAUUUCUGAAAGGCGCAGCAAAGUGGCCAAUGUCGAUGAUGUUCAUAUUAUUCCGAACAAAUGUGCAUGCGUCCAUAAUGAACGCUAUGUUAUAAAGUUUAGAUUUUGGAUAAAUGAAUAUUGGGGCCUCAUCGGGUUUGGGUUUUUUUCCCCAGAGGAAAAAAAAUGUACUGUUACGAGAAUGAAGUUGUAAAUUUAGAGAGUGAAUGUCAAUCACUAGUCUGACCCAAUUUAUUCUUGUCUUUUACCAAAGAUAUCAUUUUAAUUCUGUAAUGCAAAUAAUCACACUUUUAUUCAAAGUAGAAAAUUCUUUUUUUUUUUUUUUUACAAAAUUAAGACUAAAUACCCUAUGUUCAGAAAUGACUACUAAUCUUAUAAAACUACCAGUUUUUGGAACAAAUUGUUUCUUUUGUUAUUCAUGGUAAAUCUGUUGUAAAAAAUAAAUCUAAAUUUGCCGACCUUAUUCUUCAAACCUUUUCAAUUCAAAUUACAUUUAUGCUUUUUUUUCUCUUGUGAAAUUUAGAUUUUUUGUUGUUAAUUGUUGUACCUUUAUCAGCCUAAUUUAUUCUUGAUAUUGACAUUAUUCUCAUUGAAAAGAAAGAAAAAUAACGUCAUUGCGCGACUACAUUCUUGUAAAAUUCAACAUUUAAUUGACCACUUUUGGAAAAAAAAUGGACCAUCAUCUUUUACUGGUAAAUUUAAGACUUUUUGUAGUCAAUUUAUUCCGCUAAUUUAUUCUUGAACGUGACAAUGUUAUUAUCAUAAAAUGAUAUUUUUUUCCUGGGAUUAUUGUGGCCCAACAUCACAUUUCUUUUACACCUUCAUUCUUAUAAUAUCGCAACUUUUGUUCUUGUGAAAUUUUGACUUGAUUCAACUUUUUUAAACCAAGCGUUGUACAGUUUUUAUUGUUAAAUUAUUAACUAUUGUAAAUUAUGACUUUCUCAUUUAAUUUGACUUUACUGUUACAAAAUCCCACAUUUUUCUUCAAAGAAAUUCUGAAAAUUCACACAAAUUUACAAAUUCAAUUUGUUUUUGUAUUUUGACCUAAUUCCUGUAAAAUUACAGCUUUUUUUUUUUAACUCGGAAUGUUACAACGUUAGCUUGAUAAUAUUUUGACUACUCAUGUAAAACCACAACCUUUUUCUGCCAACAUGACAACUUUAUUCUCGUUUAGUGCUGCCUUAUAUUUUUGACUGUAAUGUUUGAACUUUUCUCAUCAAAUGUUGCCUCUUUUCAUGUUUUUAAUGCUUCUCGAUUUGGGCCUAGCACGGUUUGGUCUUGUUGCCAUUUCCGCUGUUAUCAUUUUGUCAAGCUUGUCUUAUUAUUGACGUAGGCCUCGUGAAGUGCAUUGUGCCAUUGUCUCCAUGGCAACCACACACACACACACACACACACGCACAAACAAAUAGAACAACCUGUUGCCUUAAAGCCUUGUGUAGCUCCAUACUUGCAUAUCAAAAUUGAUCCAUCCAUCUAGCUGCUCUCUGGAAAUACUAUAAAGACAUCAUAUUUUUCUGACUAUUAAAGCUUUAUACACA